GAUUUGAAUCGCGCCUUCAAUCCACAAAUUCACAGUUUCAUUUCAACAUGAUGACAAGUUAGGAUAACCUUAAAAACGUGGCAGACGCUGCUAAAUUCGUCUCGCAACACAGAAUCUGUGUCUCCCAUGUUCAUUGGACAAUUUCCUCACUGGUAUCUCUCUUUCAUUCUCUCUAUAUUCUCACUCAAUUCAUCAUUGUCAAGUAGUACCAAUCUUUAGCUUCAUCAUCAUAGUUAAAGCGCACUCUAAGUGUUUGUAAAAUUGCCAAGUAGAACAAUUCAAUAAUGUUGAUUUAUGUAUUGUAACUUUAGCAUCAUUACAUUACAUAAUCCUUAAACCAUGGCCACACUACUGAAUUCAGUUUCUCCAACUUCAAUUUUACAUUCAAAGUCAACAAGAAACAGUUGCAGUUUCUUGUAUACCCAUGUUCCAAAUCUUCACAGUCACACUUCCCUCAAAAGAUUAAGUUUUUCUAGAGAUUUGGUUUCGACCCAUGUCACUAUUCCUUCAAAAGAUUCAGUUUUUAACCUGCCCAAUUGGAAAUCUGGGAAGAAUGACCUAAAGAGCAAAGGAAAUAAACUGAAUGGAGUAUUUCUUCAUUUAGAGCACAUGGUUGGUAAGGGUCAUAAACCUGAGGUUACUCAAGCAACUCAGCUUUUGUAUGAUCUUUGUAAGUCUGGUAAAGCUAAAAAAGCUGUUAGGGUUAUGGAGAUUAUGGUAAGUUCAGGCACUAGACCUGAUGCUGCUUCAUAUACAUUUUUGAUUAAUUAUUUGUGUAGGAGAGGUAAUGUUGGGUAUGCAAUGCAAUUGGUUGAAAAAAUGGAAGACAAUGGUUUUCCAACUUAUACUGCUACAUAUGGCACUUUGCUUAUAGGGCUUUAUAGGCACGGGAAAUUGAAUCAGUGUAUGCAGAUUUUAGAUAGGUUGAUAAAGAAGGGUCCUGUUCCGAAUGAAGUUACAUAUUCUAUCUUGCUUAAAGCUGCGUACAAGGAAAGGGGAGUAGAUGAAGCAAUGAAUCUGCUAGAUGAUAUAAUUGCGAUGGGUGGCAAACCUAAAUUGGUUAGCUACAAUGUGUUGUUGAAAGGGUUGUGUAAGGAAAGUAGAACCGAAGAAGCUAUUAUGCUUUUUAAAGAAUUGCCAGAAAAAGGGUUUAGACCUUCAGUUGUGAGUCAUAACAUUUUGCUAAGGAGUUUGUGCUAUGAAGGGAGAUGGGAGGAAGCGUACGAGCUUUUAGCACAGAUGGAUAGACUGGGUCAAGCUCCUUCUGUAGAUACUUACAACAUAUUUAUCAUUUCUCUUUCUGUUGAUGGAAGAAUUGAACAAGCUUUCAAAGUUUUAGAUGAAAUGACAAGAAGUGGAUUGAAGGCGAGUGUUAUUAGCUAUAAUUCGAUUAUUGCCCGUCUCUGCAAGGAAAGGAAGGUGGAUCUUGUAGUUCAAUGUCUAGACAAAAUGAUUAAUCAGCAUUUGCAUCUUAAUGGAGGAACGUACAAUGCUAUUGCCUUGCUUUGUGAGCAAGGGAUGGUGAAGGAGGCUUUCUUAAUAUUUGAAAGAUUGGGUAAAAAACAAAACAGCCCUAUUAAGGAUUUCUACAAAAACGUGAUUGCACUCUUGUGUUGGAGAGGGAAUACUUAUCCAGCUUUUCAGUUAUUAUAUGAAAUGACAAUGCAUGGAUUUACACCUGAUUCCUAUACUUACUCGUUUUUCAUAAGAGGAAUGUGUAGGGAAGGAAUGUUUGACGAGGCUCUCGAGUUAUUUGGGAUUUUGGAAGAACAUCACUAUGUUCCUGAUGUUGAUAACUACAAUACACUUAUACUUGGAUUUUGCAAAUCUCAACGAAUAGGCUUGUCAAUAGAGAUAUUUCAGAUGAUGGUCAACAAAGGAUGCAUGCCUAAUGAGAUAACCUAUACCAUUCUUGUUGAAGGGCUUUGUUAUGAAGAAGAAAUGGAUUUAGCAGCUAACCUGUUGAAAGAGUUGUAUUUGAAAGGGGUUCUGAGUGAAAGUACUGUCGAAAGACUUUAUAUGCAAUACGACCUCAAGGAGUUAAUCGCGUAGAGAGAUAUAUACAAUCAAAUUAUAUAUAACAAAAGAAUGUUAUUUGGGAUUUUACCUCCUCAGUUAUGAAAGUACCUUUCUCGGCUUGAGUACAUGGAUGUUUUCAAGAUUGUUGAUUUUCCAGUGAAACUAGUUCCUGAAUGCUUGAAAUUUUUGUUGAAUUUGAAAUUUAGAGAUGAACAACGAAAGUUUCAAUUCUGAGAGCCUGAGAUUUUGAUGCUGACUGUGCUCUCUCUCAUGCUUUAAAUUUAACACAGCUUUUAUUAAUUGAGGAUUUUGUAAUAUACGUACAUUUUGCCAUUGGUUUAUUUGCUUCUUGGAACUCAAA